UGUUUAAAAAAAGCUACAUAUUAUUUUAUCUUUUAGAGAAAACCUGUCCUGAAGGAUGGAGGAUGUUCAGCUGUUCUUGUUAUCUCCUCUCUACAUCGUCUGGCUCCUGGGAUGAAGGCAGAACUGACUGCAGGACCAGAGGAGGAGAUCUGGUGGUGAUAGAUGACGAUGAUGAACAGAAAUUUAUUUCUACAUUCACCAAUAAACAAACAUGGAUUGGUUUGAAUGAUAAAGAAACUGAGGGAUCCUGGAAGUGGGUUGAUGGCACUCCGCUACUUGCCAAAUACUGGGCGGCCCAACAGCCUGAUAAUGGUGGUGGAGACCCACAGUGGGGGGAGGAGGACUGCGCACAUACCAGGAUUAGUGUGUCAUGGAAUGAUCUUAAAUGUUCUGCUUCUCUUCAUUGGCUCUGUGAAAAGGAUCCAGUCUAAUGCUGGGAGUGUGUUAGGAAUUGCUUUACACUUGAGACUUAAGUUUAAUUUGCUCUGCUGUAUGCGUUACUGCAUUGUUGUCUGUGACUGCCUUCUAGUGGUCCCUGUGAAUAUAAACAUGAAGGCCUGAUUGAAAUGACUGCAACAACAGUGUGCACCAAUGCUGCAAAUCCAAAGGGUGGCGCUAAACACACCAAAUGAAAACAAACAAACAAACAGUCAGCUCAUUAAUAGAAGAAAAAAAUAACACACUUGUUUUAAGUAUAUUCUGUUUUUGACCUCUUUAGAUUAUUUCUCAGGAACCACAAGGACAAAAAAACGGCAUUGUGUACUUAUUGAGAAAUCAUCUUAUUUAAUCCUUUCUUCUUUUGUAAUAAGACAGUAAACAAACUAUAUCAUUCUCACCAUAAGACACAUCUCUGAGUGGAGGGCAGCAGUUCAUCUUAGUGAAUAUGAACACAUUCCUAUCCUCACAGUCUGAGUGACUCACAUUUACGUACGUACAGGCCUCAACAUUUGAUCGUGUGAUCAGUUCUCAUUAACUAAUGUGUGUUCAGUAAACUUACAACCACCAGAACAGCAGGUACUAAAGGCCUCUUGUUACUUGACAGAACAAAAGCUCCUGUCUGCUACCUUUACCACAGCUUACUGUACUGGUUACUGUCCAUUGUGACAAUGGCAUUGGAAAGUGUUGUAUGGAUUGCAUCAAUGUGAAAAGUUGGACCUGCAUGUUGUCAUUUUUGUAGCUUUUAAAGGCAAUUAAAUAGUAAACUUUCAAAUCCUGGAGGUCUAAUUUUUUGUGUGUACUUUCCCUUGCCCCUGUGCCUCUCUCUCUUUCCAUCAGUCUUGUAAUGAAGGUCUUCAUUACUUUGGCUGUACAACACUUAAAAAUGUGUGUUAAAUGACAAAAGAAAUGCAUUUUGAAUGAUAAAUGAAACCAAUAGAAACAGAUUGACGUAUUUUAUUGAUUGUGUGUUUUUGUGCAGUGGCAUCUCAGCUGGAACUGAUGGUGACCUGUUGAAAUACAACAAACAAAGGGAUAAUAUAAGUAUUGCGAUUGUUUGAAAUGUUGAAGGCUUUGUGUGGGUGUGGCUUACCUCUGUCGCUUCCUCUGCAGGGUGUUCAGGCUAAAAGAUUCCCUGGGGGCCUGAGCACCUUUUAAAGGUUCCAGAAGAGACCAAAGCAGAUGGAAGAGGGGGAGCAGUAGAGCUACACAUUUUAUAUAUUUAAUGUUUGAUUUAUAUUUGGAUUGAUAGAAAUUGGUUUUUAGAGAUGAUUAAAAUGAAUAACAUUUGGUAAUGUAUAUUAUUCUGAAGAUUGUGUUAGUUUGUCAAACUGUGUUUGUGUGUAUGUAUUUUGUUUUACCCUGUUUCUUGGUGGGUUUGUAAAUUGGAACAGCCAGCUACUAUAAAAGGCUGCAUGUUGGCCACAUUGAGUAUUGCUGCUGAGACC